AUGGAUUACGAUUAUACUACUACUACUACUACUACUACUACUACUACUACUACUACUACUACUACUACUACUACUACUACUACUACUACUACUACUACUACUACUACUACUACUACUACUACUACUACUACUACUACUACUACUACUACUACUGCUAUAUUAGUAGUAAGAACGAAGAUGAGUAAUAGUCAUAGAUUGCAUAUAUAA